AUGAAGCUGAUAAAGCAGGGAAAACUAGCACCACCUGAUUGGAGAGACUGGGCUCAGCCCGUCGAAGCUCAAGUUAUUGGCACGACUACAUAUGAUGGUGGUGUGUUUUUCCACAUGAUUAGCAAAGAUAAGAGUCGUAAAGACCAUGCGAAGAGCUUCAAAUGCAUUUCAUCCAAUGUUUUAGGUGCGUUUAAUGGCGAGGAGCUUUGUGAGAUCUACGGCAUCACGUCCAACAGUGAGGACCCGGACGCACUGCAGCGCAUCUGUCUCUUCGAGAGCGAUAUUGACUACUUUGCCGCUGCCUUGUGCGAUGCAGAAAGCGGGCUGGUGGAAAACACCUACUUUCAGAUCUUUGAUCUCCCUGACCCAUUUCCCGGAUCAUUACCAGAGCCAGGUGUCUUCGCAACACACGCGUUUGAUAUUGUGACUAUUUUGGGCGGCAUUCAUGAAGACAGGCUACCGAAGGAGUAUAUGCCAGUUAUAUCACGUUGGCGGGAUAUUAUUCUGGACUUCACGGCAAAUGGGACCCCUCCUUGUUUGCCGUACCAUGGGAAUUCUCAGAGUAGCGCAGAUCGAAGCGCGCUGCUUAUCGAUCAACAUGGUGUACGUAAUAUUGGAUGCCAUGAAUACAUGGAAAAUGAUAACCGCAGGCGGGCUAGGUUAUUCGAGCUCGCAUACAAGGUCGCUGGAGAUGAUGGGUUGGACAUUCUUUCGGUAGACAUAUGCCAGCGUUUCUUGAUGCGCGGCGAGUAG